CGCCCCGCACCCCGCCCCAAAUCCGGAGGCGUGGAUUACGCGUUCGCUCCGCAGCCCUGCCGCGGUCUGCCGAGCAGGUCUGGCCUUGUCCGCCGCAAGCCCGGCCUAGCGCCGGGAAGGAGCGGACACGGCGGCAGGCUCAUGACGAAUAUCGAAGGAUGUUUGUUCCAAGAUCCUUAAAAAUCAAGAGGAAUUCUAAUGAGGACAUCAAAAGUUGUCUAGCUAAGAAAAUCAAGCCAGAAGCUGAAGACUGUCAUUUGGAACAAGACAGAGGGGUUCCAUGUGAUGCUUUAGCUCCAAAAGAACCGGCAACACCAGACAGGGCCAGCAAUGAAUUGGUUCCUUUCCCCAGGCCAGCUCACCAGGUGGUGGAGGGUAGCCAGGUAGCACCUGAGCAGAAUGAGGACAGCCCUCCUUUUGAAGAGCCUGUGAAGUCUUUUUCCAAAACACAGCGCUGGCCAGAGCCAGGGGAGCCGGUCUGUGUUGUCUGUGGCCGUUAUGGAGAGUAUAUCUGUGAUCAGACAGAUGAAGAUGUUUGUAGCUUGGAGUGUAAAGCAAAACAUCUUCUCCAAGUUAAGGAAAAAAAAGAGAAGCUAAAUCUCUGCUGUCCACAGAAUGCUGGUUCUGAGCCAGAGUCUCCACUUACUACUUUUUAUGUCUAUAAAGAACAUCCUUUUAUUUCAAACCUUCAGGAGGACCAGAUUGAAAAUCUUAAACAGCAGCUAGGAAUUUCAGUUCAAGGGCAAGAGGUCACCAGGCCCAUUAUCGACUUUGAACAUUGUGAUUUUCCUGAGGCCUUAAAUCACAACUUGAAGAAGUCUGGCUAUGAGGUGCCAACCCCCAUCCAAAUGCAGAUGAUUCCUGUGGGACUUCUGGGAAGAGACAUUCUGGCCAGUGCAGAUACUGGCUCCGGAAAAACAGCUGCUUUUCUUCUUCCUGUUAUCAUCCAAGCUUUACCAGAGAGCAAAACUCCAUCCGCACUCAUUCUUACACCAACAAGAGAGUUGGCCAUUCAGAUAGAGAAACAAGCUAAAGAACUGAUGAGCGGUCUGCCAUGCAUGAGAACUGUGCUGCUUGUAGGGGGCUUACCCCUGCCCCCACAGCUUUAUCGGUUGCGACAACGUGUCAAGGUUAUCAUAGCAACCCCUGGACGACUUUUGGAUAUAGUAAAACAGAAUGCUGUAGAACUCUCUGGUAUAAAAAUUGUAGUGGUAGAUGAAGCUGAUACUAUGCUAAAAAUGGGCUUUCAACAGCAAGUUCUUGACAUUUUGGAAAACAUUCCUAAUGACUGUCAGACCAUUUUGGCUUCCGCCACAAUUCCAGCUAGCAUAGAACAACUAGCAAGCCAGCUUCUGCAUAACCCUGUAAGAAUCGUCUCUGGAGAAAAGAACCUUCCAUGUCCCAGUGUGCGUCAGAUUAUCUUGUGGGUAGAAGACCCAGCCAAAAAGAAGAAGUUAUUUGAGAUCUUAAAUGAUAAGAAGCUCUUUAAGCCCCCAGUGUUAGUGUUUGUGGGCUGCAAGUUGGGAGCAGAUCUGUUAAGUGAGGCAGUGCAGAAAAUCACAGGUCUAAAUAGCACAUCGAUACACUCGGAGAAGUCACAAAUAGAAAGGAAAAACAUACUGAAGGGAUUGCUGGAAGGAGAGUAUGAAGUUGUGGUGAGCACAGGAGUCUUGGGACGAGGCCUGGACUUGAUCAGUGUCAGGCUGGUUGUGAACUUUGAUAUGCCGUCAAGUAUGGACGAGUACGUGCAUCAGAUUGGAAGAGUAGGAAGAUUAGGUCAGACUGGAACAGCAAUUACUUUCAUCAAUAAUAGUUCAAAAAGACUCUUCUGGGAUAUUGCAAAAAGAGUGAAGCCCACCGGAUCUAUUCUUCCCCCACAGUUAUUAAAUUCUCCUUACCUUCAUGACCAGAAGAGAAAGGAACAGCAGAAAGACAAGCGAACACAGAAUGACCUGGUUACAGGAGCUAAUCUUAUGGACAUUAUUAAAAAACAUGAUAAAAGUAAUUCUCAAAAGUGAUUUGUUAUGCCACUCUGAGUCUUUUUUAUUGUGAAUUUUCAGCAAAUUUUCUAUAAAUUAUUACUGUAUGGUUUGGGAAUGUACCUGAAAUAAAAGAAAUUUUAAGAUAUAUUUUUAAUUUAAUAAAAUUGAUGCUACAAUGUGAUAUUUAUUUUCCUUCUUACUUGUCAUAAAUUAACAAAACCAGAAAGUGAACCCGUAAAGUAAAAUAAAAACUUUCACUUUUAAACAAUGUA